CCACCAGAGCUGAUCCCCCAUGAGCAGCGCUGCGUCGCCAUCGCCAGCGACUUCUUCCAGCAGCUCCUGGCCGGCGACUCCGCGCUGCAGGGCUGCAAGAGCAGCCUGGCCGCCUUCCUGCUGGAGAGAGAGGUGCCGCCUGCCAGUGCAAGCUGCCAGGAGAGCUACGAGCUGGUGGCGCUGGGCACAGGCAAGGCUGGGGCCGGGGCUGGGGCCUUCCUAGAGUUCGGGGGUCGGCGGCUCCAUGACACUCAGGGGCUGGUCCUUGCUCGACGGGCACUGCAGAGGUACCUGUACAAGCAGCUGCUGUUGUGGGGGCAGCAGUUGGACACCCCUGCCCGGGCCCACUGUAUCCUGGAGCUGGGGGGUGAUGGGGGGCGCCUGGGCCUCAAGCCCGGGGUCUUCCUGCACCUGGUCCUGGCCCAGAAGCCCAGUGGGGCCCUCACCAGCCCCCUGCUGCGCUGGGAGGCGCUGGGGCUGCAGGGGGCCCUGCCCAGCCUCUUCCUGCAGCCACUGCCCCUGACCAGCCUGGUCCUGGCGGACCCCUGGGCCAACCAGGCCCAGCUGAGGGCCCCGUGCCCGGUGCUGCCCUCGCUGCCACCUCCCUACGACACCCAGCGCCCGGCGCACGUGUUUCAGGGGCCCCCCAUGGCUCCCCCACCUGCCAGAUCCCAGCCCCCAGCCCUCAGCCUCAACUGGUGCAGGGGUGACAAGGCUGUGGAGGUGGUAGAUGGGGCAACGGGCAGGGUCCUGCCCAGCCCACUGUGCCCCGCCGGAUGCCCCCAGCCCAGCCGGCUGUGCAAGGCAGCCAUGCUGAGCUACUUCCGGCAUGCAGCCAUGAUGCUCAGCCGACCCCAUCUUCUGGCGCUGCCCACCUACCGCCAAGCCAAGGACCAUGCUGAGGCCUAUCAGAGCGCCAAAGCCCAGUUCAGCGCCCACCUGGCCCGCAGCAGCCUGGGCAACUGGCCCCAGAAGCAGCUGGUGGACAAUUUCCCCUCGUAGCCACUGGCGAUGGGGUGGGAGGGCAGCAAAGCCUCAUGGGAAGCAGGGGGAGUUCACUCGUUGUUGUGUGGGGGUGCAGGGGGGGGUCUGCUUACGCUGGGGGAGAGGAGGAUUCUCCCCCUGUGCCUGGUGGGGGGAGAUGGGCAGGUUGGGGGGCGGAGCCUCCAGGAUUUGGAGGCGGGGUUUGUCCCCCCAGUAAGGGUUAAUGCUGGUUAGUUUGGGGUGAAUUGAGCAUUAAAGCAGCCUGUUGUGCACAGCCCCUGGUGCUUGGAGAAGUGCUGUUCCCUGCACUGCCAGCUGCUCCCCUAGUUCCCGUCAGCCCCACAAGACUGAGGCCACGCCCCUUACUCCCUACCAUGCUUCUUUUGCCCCACUCGAGGGCAAAAUAUCCACACCCC